GCGGCGGCGGCUCGGGCUCAGGCUCGGCUCCGCGUCGGGCCGGCCCCGCGGCCGCUCAUGGGCAGCCAGGGCCGCUUGGGGUCCCCCGGGAACGGCGGGCCGGGCGAGGGCGAGAGCGGGGAGGCGAGGAAGCCGCAGGAAGGGAGGGCCGCGCGGGAGAAGCGGAGGAAGGGGAAGGGGCGAGCGGGCGCCGGGCCGGGCGGAAGAGGAAGCGGGGCGGAGGGGAAGCCGGGGCCGCGGGACGCGCAGGAGGCGGCGGGGCCGGGGGCCGCGGCGGGAGCGAGCGCAGGCCCGGGGGCGGGAGCGGGGGGCGGCGGACGCGAGGAGGAAGGAGCGGGCAGGGCCGCGAGGGGAGCGGAGAGGAGCGCAGGGCCGGGGCAGGAGGCCGAGGGAAGGGACGAUGGGCUGGAGGAGCGGAGGGCCCGGGCGGGGCAGCGCGAGGACGCCGGGCCGGGGGGCGCGCAGGGACCUGGGGGAGAGGCCGGGGGCCGCCUCGCGGGGGCCGGGGCCGGGGCGGAGGCCGAGGAGGAGGCGGCCCCGGAGCCCGCCGGCCGCCCCGCCGCGGGGCCCGCGCUCUGGCGCCUGCCCGAGGAGCUGCUGCUGCUCAUCUGCUCCUACCUGGACGCGCGCGCGCUCGGCCGCCUGGCGCAGGUGUGCCGCUGGCUGCGCCGCUUCACCGGCUGCGACCUGCUCUGGCGCCGGAUCGCGCGGGCCUCGCUCAACUCCGGCUUCACGCGGCUCGGCACCGACCUGAUGGCCAGUGUACCAGUAAAAGAACGAGUGAAGGUGUCUCAAAACUGGAGGUUGGGGCGCUGCCGAGAGAGGAUUCUGUUGAAGUGGAGAUGCAGUCAGAUGCCCUGGAUGCAGCUAGAGGGUGAUUCUCUGUACAUAUCCCAGGCUAAUUUCAUCCUGGCCUAUCAGUUCCGCCCAGAUGGUGCCAGCUUGAACCGUCGGCCCCUGGGAGUCUUUGCUGGGCAUGAUGAGGACGUUUGCCACUUUGUGUUGGCCAACUCACAUAUUAUCAGUGCAGGAGGAGAUGGAAAGAUUGGUGUUCAUAAGAUUCAUAGCACCUUCACCGUCAAGUACUCAGCUCAUGAGCAAGAGGUGAACUGUGUGGAUUGCAGAGGGGGCAUCAUUGUGAGUGGCUCCAGGGACAGAACGGCCAAGGUAUGGUCUUUGGCCUCAGGCCGGCUUGGGCAGUGCUUACACACCAUCCAGACUGAAGACCGAGUCUGGUCCAUUGCUAUCAGCCCAUUACUCAGCUCUUUUGUGACUGGAACGGCUUGUUGUGGGCACUUCUCACCCCUAAGAAUCUGGGACCUCAACAGUGGGCAGCUGAUGACACACCUGGGCAGUGACUUUCCCCCAGGGGCUGGGGUGCUGGACCUCAUGUACGAGUCCCCUUUCACGCUCCUGUCCUGUGGCUAUGACACCUACGUUCGAUACUGGGACCUCCGAGCCAGUGUCAGGAAGUGUGUCAUGGAGUGGGAGGAGCCCCACGACAGCACCCUGUACUGCUUGCAGACGGAUGGGAACCACUUGCUGGCCACAGGUUCCUCCUACUACGGGGUUGUACGCCUGUGGGACCGGCGCCAAAGGGCCUGCCUACACGCCUUCCCGCUGACGUCGACACCCCUGAGCAGUCCGGUGUAUUGCUUGCGCUUCACCACCAAGCAUCUCUAUGCAGCGCUAUCUUACAACCUUCACGUCCUGGACUUUCAAAACCCGUGACAGGCAGGGCCACCCUAGCUGUGGGCCAGGGAAGCUAGCUACUCAGGGACCUCUCUUGCUUGGAGGGUGCAGUGAUAAUGCUCCCCACCCGUGCCUGUGCUCCCAGACCUGCAACCACAGUGCUUGAGCACUUAAGCCAAAGGCUGCUGACUCCUGGGACUCAGAUUACCCAGUGGUACAGCCCCUCCCAAGAACCAGUUGGAGAGAAGAGACCUACUGCUUUGGGAGAGUGAAGCUGAACCCACUGGGCCUUGCUUUCCCAUCCGCCAGAGCAAGGAUCUGGCCUAGAGAGGCACCCCCGCCUGCACCUCACCCCUUAAAGCCAUGACAGCUUAGGUGAGGUGAGGUGCUCCGGCCUUCCCAGUGGUCCCUCUCUGCCCUUUCCCUGGAAGGAGGGUGUGGCUGCCAAUACCCCUGCUGGCACCAGCCCCCACCUCCUCAGUCAGACCCCACCUUUGGACAAGUUUUUGGGGCUGGGGACUCAUUCCUGGGGCACUAUGGCCUGGUCUCCCUUUGAAACCAAGAAAGGAUAAAGGAAACCCAGAAGUUCUGAGUGAGCUCUCAGCCAGCCCAGCCUCAGGCCAGCUGUUGAGACACGCUACAAUAUUCAUUUUUGUAAAAAUAAAGCUUAAUUGUUCAAAGA